CUAACUUCUACAACCACAUGAGAUCUCAAGCAUGUAAUCUAUCAGAUAAGAAAAGAGAUGUUUUUUCCUAAUCCAUAGGCUGCCACAUCAGCGCAAGAAUCCACAAUUUUCCACAUCAGCAGCCUCAACUUUCUGUUCUUCUUAAUUCUCUACACGGUUGUGUUCCCUCAUUGUCUCCACGGUUACAAAACUUUCAAUCUUCCCCUCUAAUCUUCUUCUAUAGCGGUUUCACAAAACCGUUUCUCUUCCAAAUGCGAAAACAGUUCCUCCUCUCUCUCUCUCUCUCUCUCUCUCUCUCUCUCUCUCUCUCUCUCUCUCUCUCUCUCUCUCUCUCUCUCUCUCUCUCUCUCUCUCUCUCUCUCUCUCCUCCAUUCUUCCUCUUCUUCACAGGUUUCCAACUCUCUCCUUUCCUCUUUCUGCUUCAGCUCUCUGCAUUUCAUAUCUUUCUCCCUCAAAUUUCUUCUGUAUCUCCCUCUGAACCUAAUUAUCUUUCUAUCAAAAUUGUGAGAUUGUGUUUGAGAAAGCGAAUUUGAAGUGUGAAUCGGCGGUGACUUUAUGGUUCUAGAAAAGGGAACCAGAAACAAGAAUGAUGUGCAAAUCAGUUUCAGUGGUGUGGCGAUAGGACUGAGUGAGACGCGGUGGUUUCGGAUGCAGGUAAACUAUGAAUUUCUCAGUUUAUUACCCUUAUAUUUUUCUUAUUCUUAUCGGGUGGUAGAUCAGCGGUGGCCGCGCGUUUUCGACUGCGAGUUUGGUGGUGUCGGGUUCGACAUGAUUGAUGUAUUUUGGAGCGUUGUUAGCGUAAACCUCACACAGUUCAAUUCAGCAUCAUUGAAUAGGCACGUGUCCCGUGCGAAUGCGAGCAACUUGGGUAGCUGCAAAAAUGAAGGUUUUGUUGAGGUUUUUGUCGCUAUCCGAUUCCUGAGAAUCCAAAUUGAUUUCGGGCUCACGUUCAUAGCAACUGCUCUCCUUUCGGUUUCUCUGAAAAUUCAAUUAUACGCCCUUCUUCAUCAAUUUUCAUAUCAUGGUGGGUACUGUUAUUUUAUAAAAUCACUUUUCAAAAAAUUUGAUUGAUGUUGAUUAUGGAUAGCUUAUAAUGCAAGUCCUAUUGCUCGUACAGCUCUAAAUUAUGACGUUGGCUCAC